UAGAUCUGCGGUCGAGCCCCCUGCUUCUCGGCCCUUUGUGUCCAGACCAGUUCAAGUGUCAGCCAAUUCUCGCAACCAAGACGAUGUCCCACAAUCAGUCUCAGAUCAAGCUUUCUCGUGGCCUCCCUUGCCAGCCUAUGUGUUUGCCACAAGCUCAACCUGCACAAUCAGCGAUCAGGAACCACGUACUAUCGCUAGCUUCCGCUCUCUUUGCCGCAGAAACUUCGCUUUCAGGUCAUUUCCACGAUCAUCUCACGGCGUCUCGUCGCUUUUUCUCUUGUGAUGGCACGAAAGCGAUGCCUCGGAGAUGUCACGCAUCGAUGGUCUCUUGGACUCGGAUUGUGUCUAGAACGUCUGAACGCGCGGUGAGGAUAUACUUUCAGCCUUGACUGCAGGAACGAGCAUGCGGGUCUUGGUUGGCGAUGAUCCCAUCCUUUUGGCACUCAGGGACCCGCUGAACCCUGUCUAAUCGAAUAUUCACAUAAACCAGGCGGUUGUAUUCUUCAAGCCUGAUAGGAACUGAACUGACGGUUGAAGAGCAAUACUACCGAGAACUCGAGAAGCAACUUGCGGAAUGGUUCUUCACGCUUUCCAUCCAUGACCAAUGGUCGAAAUGUCGUCUGUACAACAGCCGCGCUCACGAAAACAUGCAUUCGUUACGCCCGCUGCUUACUGCUCUCAAUCGUGUCCCCAUCUCCUUCCCCGAAACACUGCUAGAACUACGCCGUCUGGACAGAUGGUCCGUAAUCACUCUUCUCCAAGCUUACGCGCAGCCAGUGACACCUCCAAUGGAACACGAUGUCGAUUUGGCGAGAAGGGCCCUCGCGCGCUUCAUCGGGGCACCCCCCUAUUGAUGUGCUGUACAACUUUUCGCCUUCUCCAGUCCAAUAAGUG